CACUCGGCAGCCUUUCUGCCAGUGCAUCAAGUUCCGCCGAGACAGGAACAUGGCUGCCACUGUCGGCCUCGUCAACAGCAUCAUCGCCCGAGAGAUCAACCCCCCAGGAAGAUAUGUCCACCUCAUAAACACAUGGGGCGGAGACGCGAGGGCCAUCGUCGCCAUCGUCACGAUCCACUCUCUUGACGACGGUGCCCACCUCUUGUCGCUCAUCCAACUGGCCGUCAACAGCAUGGAGGGCGUCCUGCAAGAGUGGCCGAGCAAGAAGGCGAGGGCCUGCGUGGUCAAAGAGCUGGUCAGCGCCGGAGCGGAUGUGAACUUCGGCCAGCCCAUAUGGAAUGCAGUGGACGAGAUGGACCUGCCUCUCUUCAAAGAGCUAUUAGCUGGAGAUCCCCAGGUUCUCAGCCUUCGACCGAGCUUCGCCCGAUUCCUUAGGCUGGGAGACAUCCUUCGAUGCGCUGUCACUGCAUCCGACCCUGAGGUGCUCACGUGGAUGCUCAACCACGGCAUUGGGAGACACAUCAACCACACGCGAAAUCGCCGCAUCCUGGCAGAGGCCGGACGGGCGGUUGCAGACUGUCGGCUGAGCAGGCGGGGAAGGACAAAUCGUUGA